GGCGCUCCCAGCCGCAGGAAGAUGCUGCCGGGGUCUAUCCAGAUCUCCGGGGAGACGCUGUCGGGGGCGGAGAUCCGGGACAUCUGCGAGAGCCUGCGGGAGAAUUCGGUGCGGCUGCUGUCGCUGCGGGGCUGCCAGCUCUCCGAGCGGGACUUCGGGCACGUCUGCCGCGGGGUGGCCGAGUCCCGCUCCCUCGCUCAGCUCAACCUCAACCUGGGCAUUGUCUCUAAUAUCAACCGCGUCAAGCAGCUGGCCGAGGCCCUGAAGACGAACCGCUCCGUUCAGUCCCUCUUCCUCCAUGGGAGUCCCUUGACAGAUGCAGGCUUGGCCCUCCUCAACCCUGCUCUCUCCAUCCACCCUUCGCUGGUGGCUCUGGAUCUAGGAGACUGCAUGCUGGGUGAUGAAGGCAUCAACCUUAUCUGUGGGCUCCUGCCGCCUGAUGGGGCCAAGUCUGGCCUCAAAGAGCUAACACUGAGCGCCAACCCAGGCAUCACAAGUAAAGGCUGGGGACGCCUAGCCAUUGCAGUGGCUCACAGCUCACAGCUCCGCGUGCUGAACCUGGACUACAACCCCCUAGGUGACCAGGUAGCCGGGAUGCUCGCUGUCGCUGUGGCCUCCAGUCGAACCCUCGAAGUGCUGGACUUGGAGGGAACAGGACUUACGAACCAGUCAGCUCAGACCUUGCUGGACAUGGUAGAGAAUUACCCCACAGCCCUACGAACACUCAUCCUGGCAGAGAACAACAUUAGUCCUGAGCUGCAGCAGCAGAUCUCUGAUCUUCUCUCAGAGGGUGAGGAAGAGGAGGAGACAGAGGUCCAUGAAGUCACAGCCAGGGAGAAGAACCCCUGGAUCUGCCAGAACAAUUCCAGCUCCCAGAUGGUCCUGAUGACAUCAGGCCUCGGUGACAGCCUCUUAGCAGAAACAGAAAUGUAGCUGGGCUACCUUGCCUGCUUCUGCCCAGAGUGAGCCCCGUGCACCUGCCAGCCCCAGCCUCCGCUGGGCUGCCCAGCCCUCUUCUCACACAUCUCACCUCCUGUCGAUGCCUCCCUCGGCUCCGAGCGAAUCUCUACACACGUCUGUGUCCUCACACGCCUCCUCGGCCGCUUGUGAUUGUCCCCGUCGCCGCAUGUGUAGCUCACGCCGCCCUGCCACCCUCACGCCCGGCUGCGCCCGCAGGGCACAGGCUGUAUUUAUUCAGAUGCGUCUAAGAGAUGUCCUUUCUAUCGCUU